CACAGCCUCUCGCGAGAGUAAGCGUUAAAUACAUCGUUUCUAGCUUGGCUCUUGUGCGAGGAGUUGCUGUGGAGAAGCAGAAGAAAUGCCUUUGCAUGAUGAAGGGUUUGUGGUGCGCAUCCGUGGCUUGCCUUGGUCUUGCACACAGGAAGAAGUUGCAGGAUUUUUCUCAAAUUGCAGUAUUGUCGGUGGGAUAAAUGGAGUGAGUUUUACUUUUUCUAAAGAAGGACGGCCAAGUGGAGAAGCUUUUAUUGAACUGGAGACAGCAGAAGACCUCAAAAUUGCACUAGCGAAGGAUCGCAAAUACAUGGGGCAUAGGUAUAUUGAGGUCUUUAAGUCAAACAGCAGCGAGCUGGACUGGGUGUUACAGCGGUGCGGUCCAAAUGAUUAUGACAGUUGUAGUGGGUGUCUGGUGCGGCUCCGAGGGCUCCCCUUUGGCUGCAGCAAGGAAGAGAUUGUUCAGUUCUUUUCAGGGUUGAAAAUCGUGCCAAAUGGGAUAACAUUGCCGGUGGACUACCAGGGGAGAAGCACAGGGGAAGCCUUCGUGCAGUUUGCUUCAAAGGAGAUAGCAGAAAAAGCACUGGGGAAACACAAGGAAAGGAUAGGGCACAGGUACAUUGAAAUAUUCAAGAGCAGCCGGAAUGAAAUCCAGGUGUAUUCCGAGCUGCCCCGGAGGAUUCUGGCACAGAGGCCUGGACCCUAUGACAGGCCGCUGGCGGGACGCGGAGGGAUUUUCAGCCCCGGACCCGGGAGAGGAGGAGGAGGAGGUGUGUUAGAUCAGAUGCGUGCUGGUGGAGGAUACAGUGGUGGUUAUGGUGGACUUGACAACUUCAAUGGCUACAGUAAUUUCUGCUUUGGCAAUGGUAUGUUCGAUGACAGGAUGAGGACUGCAAGAGGCCGAGGUGUUGGUCAUGGUUAUGGUGGAGGAGGAGAUGCCAGUUCUGGUGUUCACAGUGGCCACUUUGUGCACAUGAGAGGGCUUCCUUUUCGAGCCACAGAAAGAGACAUUGCUCAUUUUUUCUCUCCAUUAAAUCCUGUAAGACUGCAUGUUGAUGUGGGACCCAAUGGCAAAUCCACUGGUGAGGCAGAUGUGGAAUUUGCAACACAUGAAGACGCUGUAUCCGCCAUGUCUAAAGACAAAAAUCGCAUGCAGCAUCGUUACAUUGAGCUGUUUCUGAAUUCAACGUCUAGUGUUGGUUCUAAAAUGGGUCGGGGUAGAGGUGGCUACUUCAGCAGUUCUGGAGGCAUGGGAAAGGGAGUGGGCAGUGGGCUGCGAAGGACGUUUUAAAAAGAGAAUGGACCCCUAUCAUUUUCAGAGACGGGG